CUUUGCUUCCAGGGCCCAUGAAGGUGAGAAUAAGAUCUUUGGGCUGGUUGAAACUAGCCUAAGACAAUCAAAGAGUCAUGGAUAUGGUGUACAAACUACUCAAUGGGAGCCAAGCCUGGGUGGUGGCCUCUCAGUUGGACCUCACUGACCCAAUAGUAACAGCCAAUGGCUCCAACCAAACCGAACCCUACUAUGACAUGACCAGCAAUGCAGUGCUCACAUUCAUCUACUUUGUGGUCUGCAUCAUCGGGUUAUGUGGCAACACUCUGGUCAUUUAUGUCAUCCUGCGCUAUGCCAAGAUGAAGACCAUCACCAACAUUUAUAUCCUCAACCUGGCCAUUGCCGAUGAGCUCUUCAUGCUCGGCCUGCCCUUCUUGGCCAUGCAGGUGGCUCUGGUCCACUGGCCCUUUGGCAAGGCCAUCUGCCGGGUGGUCAUGACUGUGGAUGGCAUCAACCAGUUCACCAGCAUUUUCUGCUUGACAGUCAUGAGCAUCGACCGCUACCUGGCUGUGGUCCACCCCAUCAAGUCGGCCAAGUGGAGGAGACCCCGCACAGCCAAGAUGAUCAACGUGGCUGUGUGGGGCGUCUCUCUGCUGGUCAUCUUGCCUAUCAUGAUCUAUGCCGGGCUUCGCAGCAACCAGUGGGGGAGAAGCAGCUGCACCAUCAACUGGCCAGGUGAAUCUGGAGCCUGGUACACAGGGUUCAUCAUUUACACCUUCAUCUUAGGGUUCCUGGUGCCCCUUACCAUCAUUUGUCUUUGCUACCUAUUCAUUAUCAUCAAGGUCAAGUCCUCUGGAAUCCGAGUAGGUUCCUCCAAGAGGAAAAAGUCAGAGAAGAAGGUCACCCGAAUGGUAUCCAUAGUGGUGGCUGUCUUCAUUUUCUGCUGGCUCCCGUUCUACAUCUUCAAUGUCUCAUCGGUCUCUGUGGCCAUCAACCCCACCCCAGCACUCAAAGGCAUGUUUGACUUUGUGGUGGUCCUCACCUAUGCUAAUAGUUGUGCCAACCCUAUCCUGUAUGCCUUCUUGUCCGACAACUUCAAGAAGAGCUUCCAGAAUGUCUUGUGCCUGGUCAAGGUGAGUGGCACAGAUGAUGGGGAACGGAGCGACAGUAAGCAGGACAAAUCCCGGCUGAAUGAGACCACGGAGACCCAGAGGACCCUCCUCAAUGGAGACCUCCAGACAAGUAUCUGAAAACAAAGAGGCCAAGCUCUGCCAACUGGCAGUGUGCUCCCUACCCUACCAGGUCACACCUGGCUUUGAGAAUAGGGACUUGCUCAGCAUGAGACCAAUCCAGGAAACUCUGUUUGAGCCAGCUUGUCUGAGCAAAUGAUAGCAUGUUAAAUUGAGUACCUUCUUCUGAAAGUGAAAAUUUAAAUUCUGGCGGACAGUUCAAGGCGUGGAGAAGAGGAGAUGAAGCCAGGGUGUGAUCUUUGGGAA